AUGGCGUCUCCACAGGCGAAAUCAAGUGAACCAGUCGCUCAAAGCGGUACACCGUCGGAAACACUAGCCCGCGGAAUUCGCGCCAUUUUCAUCGGACCACCAGGAUCCGGAAAAGGAACUCAAGCGCCGGAAUUCGCCAAAAAGUACUUCUCAUGCCAUUUGGCCACUGGAGAUCUUCUGCGAGCUGAGGUCUCGUCUGGAUCGGAGUUUGGAAAGCAACUCAAGGCUACCAUGGACGCUGGAAAGCUUGUAAGCGAUGAAGUUGUGUGCCAACUCAUCGAGAACAAACUGGAAACGCCUGAAUGCCGAUACGGUUUCAUUCUCGACGGUUUUCCGCGAACGACGGUCCAGGCUCAAAAGCUCGACCAACUGUUGGAGCGCAGAAAAACGCCGCUCGACACGGUCAUCGAGUUCAAGAUCGCCGAUGAUCUCCUCGUGCGUCGCAUCACCGGCCGGCUAUUCCAUAUCGCAUCCGGUAGAAGCUAUCAUUUGGAGUUCAAGCCGCCCAAGGUGCCGAUGAAGGAUGACAUCACCGGCGAGCCGCUCAUCCGUCGAUCCGAUGACAAUGAAGAGACGCUCAGGAAACGAUUGGUCAGCUAUCAUAAUAUGACCGUACCACUUGUCGACUACUACAAGAAGCACGGAAUUCACGUUGCCGUUGACGCCUCGAAGAGCAUGAGCGACGUUCGUGCUCACAUUGACUCCGUCUUUGCGAAAUUUACCGUCAAGAAGGAUCGCCGUGCGUUCGCUUAA